UGUGGAAGUGUUCAAAAAGAUAGAAUGUUGAUAUCCAUGGCCUGGUAUAAUAACCUGUUAUUGAAACUGACACUAGAUUCUUAGCGCCUACACCCGUCAGCGAACUGCAUUCAUAUGCAUUCAACAUGGCCAGAGCAGACUCGACAAAAGCUGGUCCUAAGGCAUCCUUUAAUCCUGUUGAGAACUACAGGAAGCAAAUAGGUAAACAGGAUUAUAAGAAGUCGAAAAAAGAAAUUGCCGAACAAAAGAGACGUGCUGACAUCAAAGAUGAAAGUGGAAUAAAGGAUGUUAUUCUUCUAGUAGGAGCUGUGAUGGUCGUCUUUCUUGCAAUCUACCUGUUGCUCUAUGUGUUUCUGUCUCCUUCAGAAAACAAGUAAAAUGUUUGAAUUGAUAGCGGUGAACAAUAACUAAAAUUCAUUCACACUAUCCAGUAGUAAGGAAUUGAUUGUUCUUUAGCUAAUUUUAAAUAUAGUAAUAGUAGCACCAUGGUAAGUAUGGUACAGCAGUAAACAUGGUACCAUAGCGAACGUAGUACGUUCUGCACCUCCCCGUGAUUGCGUGAUGUGUAGAGCAAAUGAACAAACUCGCGAUGUUAUCUUCAGGGCUGACAAAUUGCUGGUUGUUCUGUCAGUUGUGAAUAAUGGAUUUCUUCAACAAAUUUAGACUAUAUAUGCUGCAUGAAACAAGGAUCGAUCAUGAAAAACCGACUUUUUCUUGAGAUAUCUACAACUAUAAUUACUAACAAGUAUAUCACAGCCAAUUUUCAUUUGCCGUCUAAUAGGCAAACAAAGUAAAAUGGUCAUGAGCAAGUGGGCUCUGUCACAUUUUGUCGAUUUUAUUCUUGAUGCAUGUGACUUACUUCAGCAGUUGAGGAGGUGAGUUUGAGUUUGAGGGAGUUUCAUAAUGCACGAGUUAGGUGCGUUUGUUGUGCUCAACGUAUCAACUAUUAUUGAUGCAUUGUCAAUUCUCGAUAAACCAAUGAAAAAGCAAUAAUGUGCAAUUGUUAGAUAUACAUAACACUUAGAAAGCAUGCUAUUUAUAUCAUCUUCUCCAAAAGUCUAUGAUUUAUACACUUUGAUCAGAUUGUCAAGUAAUAUCAGGAGUGUAUAAAUAAUAUAGAGAUGAGUAUGACUCGUUCGAAGCAUAAAAAAUAAUAAAUAUAAAUUGUAGGUAAAUUAGGGCAUGGAAAUGUUGAAUUUUUUUAUGUUUUGAAUGAGUCCUACUCCUCUAUAUUAUGCACUCCUGGUAAUUAAUAUUACUAGCCUAGGGUUAAUUCGCAAAACAUCAGAUACAGUUGAAAAAUUGAUUCAAUUCAUAGCAUUUGCAUUACUUAA